AUGGUAGUUGGAGAAAGUUUGAAUAAAGAAGCAAUAAAACCCAAGAAGCAAGACACAGUGGAGAAACAAGUGGAAGGGCAAGAUGAAGAAAAGGCUUCAACAUCUCAAAGAAGCAAAGAGGCUGUCAAGCCACAAGGCAAACCACCCAGUCAAGAAAACCACCACGAUAACAAGGGGAAUGUGAAGCCACAACAAGAAAAUAAAAAUGAAGGAGUAAAAGCUUAUGUACCCAAGCUUCCAUACCCAACCAGGAUACAUAAAGGAGCAAAGGACCAACAAUUCCCAAGUGCCAUCAUUCAAAAAGGGCUACCACCAAAGCUCAAAGAUCCUGGCAGCUUCCUCAUACCCUGCACGAUUGGGAACAUGGCCAUUGACAAAUCACUUUGUGACCUAGGAGCAAGCAUUAACUUAAUGCCCCUCACCAUGAUGAAGAAAAUGAUGAUUCAAGAGCUUAAACCCACAAGGAUGUCACUCCAACUUGCUGACAGAUCCAUCAAAAUACCAAAUGGAGUAGUUGAGAACCUCUUGGUGAAAGUGGGAAACUUUAUAUUCCCGGCUGAUUUUGUGGUCCUAGAUAUGGAUGAAGAAGGGAACAACUCAGUCAUUCUCGGUAGACCCUUUUUGGCCACAACAAGAACAAUCAUCGAUGUGGAAAAGGGAGAGAUGAUCUUCAGAGUACAUGAUAAACAAAUGACCAUAAAUGUCUUCAAAGCAAUGCAGUAUCCUGCUGAAAAAGAAGGCUGCAUGAGGAUUGAUAUGGUGGACUCAUUGGUUGAAGAAGCAUUUGAGGCAAACCAUCAAGUGAAAUAA